CUUAUUUAGAUGGGCCACCUGCUAGAUUUGGCUAACUAGCAAGCCAGCUAGUUAGCUAAUAACUGUCAAAGCCCACUGAUCCUGGAUGAUUGGUUUUUUAUCUUCUUGGCAAGCUAAAAAAUCAUGUCAACCUUGCGGUAUUGUGCGAAGCUUUCAAGCUUCCCAGCGGCGCCUUGUCGCCUAUGCUUUUAACAUAAAACAAAACAUUAAGCGUCUACGAAGAUGCUGCAUAAAAUCUAUCGAAAUGGCAUCCGACGAAGACAUCCCGUGAAAAUGACGACAAAGGGAGAGAGCUAAAACAACAAGAGGAAGCCAGCUUCGCCUGUAUCACACAACAACAACAACAAAAAUCGGACCACGAAUGAAUAGUCCAGAUGCCGUAUAAGAAUCUCCUGAUCCCACACCAUGUCUCAGACCGCCAAGUCCGCCUCCAGCCAGGGCACUGAUGUCAAGGACAAGGGAGCCCCUGCCCCUGCUGCCACUAGCAAGGCCACUAAGACCGGAGAACCCAGCGUCGGAAACUUCCGGAUCAUGCUGUUCGACCAGGAGAACUUCCAGGGCCGAAUGAUGGAGGUCCAGAACGAGUGCAUGAACGUGUGUGAACGCGGCAUGGACAGAGUGCGCAGUAUCAUCGUCGAGUGCGGCCCCUUUGUUGCCUUUGAGCAGACUAACUUCCGCGGGGAGAUGUUCAUCCUGGAGAAGGGAGAGUACCCUCGCUGGGAUACCUGGAGCAACUCUUACCGUAGCGACUGCCUCAUGUCCCUCAGGCCCAUCCGCAUGGACAGCCUGGAGCACAAGAUCUGUCUUUUUGAGCUCUCCGACUUCAAGGGCAAUAAGAUGGAGAUCCAGGAGGAUGACGUGCCAACCCUCUGGGCGCACGGCUUCACCGACAGAGUGGGCAGCGUGAGGGUGCCCGGCGGAGUGUGGGUGGGUUACCAGUACCCCGGAUACAGAGGCUACCAGUACCUAUUUGAGUGUGGUGACUACAGACACUACAACGAGUUCUGUGCCUUCCAGCCUCAGAUCCAGUCCAUGCGUCGCGUCAGGGACAUGCAGUUCCACCAGCGUGGUUGCUUCAACCUCACCUCCGCCAGCAAGUGAGCGACCUCUGGUGGAUGCACGCUGUAACUGCAGCCAGCCAGCCAGCCCUCCCUCACUCAACCCGCCCAUCGGGCGCUUUUUAUUUCUCCAAUCCUAUUCCUCCUUUCCUUCCCUUCACCCCUCCAUCCUAAAGGGAUGGAACGGCAGCAUCGUACCGAACGGAACAUCCUAAAUGACUUUUUAUGAUGCCAAAUAAUAAACAUGUUUUGAAAAACUAGAA